AGUUUGCAGCCCCAGAAGAGUUUAUACCCCGGCUGGCUGAAUAAACUGGUCUCUGUGUGAUCUCAGGCAUUAGACUGGUUCAUACACUGUUAAAUUUGAUCAAAAGGACGAGCUGAUAAACCUGACAACAUGGCUGUGGCUGGCUGCACGAAAUGCAUUAAAUAUAUGUUAUUCUUCUUUAAUUUUAUUUUCUGGCUGGCAGGAGGUAUCAUCUUAGGAGUGGCCCUUUGGCUCCGCCAUGACAGUCAAACCAGCAACCUCCUCAUUCUCCAGUUUGAGGGAAACCAGGCGCCAGGCACCUUCUACAUCAGUGUGUACAUACUGAUAGCUGUCGGGGCUGUGAUGAUGCUGGUGGGUUUCCUUGGAUGUUAUGGUGCCAUUCAGGAGUCUCAGUGUCUGCUGGGCACGUUCUUCUUCUUUUUGGUGAUCCUCUUCGCCUGUGAGGUGGCUGCAGCGAUGUGGGGUUUCAUGAACAGAGACACAAUCUCCAAAGAGCUGAUUAACUUCUACGACUCUGCCUACAUCAAGGCUGUGGAUGUCUCAGGAACCCCCAGUAAAGACUCGGCCAUCAAGGUGCUGGAGGUUUUCCACAGGACGCUCGACUGCUGCGGUAAAGGAGACGACACCCCUCUGUUUCAACAAGUUGUCAGCACCAUGUGUCCUAAAAAGACCCCACAAGAUUUCCUCAUAUCUCAGAGCUGUCACGAUAAACUGAUCGAGCUGUUCUCGGAGAAGCUCUACCUGAUUGGUCUGGCUGCUCUGGUGGUUGCCGUCAUCAUGAUCUUCGAGAUGAUCUUCACAAUGGUGCUCUGUUGUGGCAUUCGCAACAGUCCAGUGUACUGAAAAUCCAACCAACAACCAUCAACAAAGGUCCACAUCAGCCUAUAAAGCAGUUACUUUAUUAUGUUUCUAUAAUAUGAUCUCGUUAUGAUUGCAACACAGUAAAAUGGAUAUCUUUCCUUUUAUAUUAGAUUAUGAAAUAAAUCUAGUUUUUAAUGUUGCUAAUCUCUUAUCUCUCCACUUUAAUACAUAAUAAUUAAGCUUCAGGUUUUUUCUAUUUAUCAUACAAUGCUUCAUAUGAAUCUUUUACACAUACAGUAUGGUAUAAAAGAUUUCUCUGAAGUCAUUAAACUUAAUGCUGUUUUUAUGGAUGUAUAAAUUGUAUAUACUUGACAUAUGUUCAUAACACUUAGGAGAGUCCAUGUAUUCCCUGUCUGUAUGAUUGUAAUGUACCUCCCUAUAGUGCUGUAUAAUUUAAGAAGCAAAGUGUCAGUGGUUCAGGGUAAUGUACUGCCUUUCUCUAAUAAUUAUCAGGAUGAGGAGUCAGUCAGUGUGUGUGUCUCUUCUUUGUGCAUAAUGAACCAUCAUCAUGCUGUUGUACCUCUGUUAACAUGUGAAACACCUUUUCUUAAAUAAUGAAAAAACAUCAUGUCCCCUUGCCUGUUCAACUUGUUUUAAUAACACUAAUAAAUUAUGCCUCAUCUCUUGUUCUUUUUUGGUGGAGCAUACACCCAA